ACUAUAUUAAUGAAACAACCUUACCGCCGGUGCGCCGCCUUAUUGGAAUGCCACCUUCUGAGCCCUCCCAUAUGCCAUAAAACACUGACUUAGAAGUUAAGUAGCUGUUCACUAAUAGUCCAAAAGGAGGACAUAGGGGAUCUGCUCAGCACCUUUAUCCAAAAUGAAGUAAUACGUUAAGAGUCUUCUGGAAGGACUACAAGAUUAGGCAGAGCCAAAGACUACAGGUUCUAUGUGGCACAGUAACAUGAGAGGACAGAUUGCAUUGUCUGUGGUCACUGGACUCUAUUUGAUUUGUCAUGGAUCGUGUGAGUUGGAUUGUGAGAACUCGAAGCACUGCUCUAAGACAGAAUGGAUAAAUCAGUGGUACAUAUGGCUUGUUGUCACUGCCGGAGUCCUGCUUCUCAUGUUUGGAAUCACGUGUGCCUGCCUGCGGUGCUGGUAUCUUAGACAGCAUCACCACCCUGAGAGGGGAGAAGAGCAACCCUAUGAAGUCACAGUCAUAGCCAUCGACCACGACAGCACCAUCCAGAGCACUAUGACCUCUUUGCAGUCAGUAUUUGGCCCAGCCGCCCGCAGGAUAUUUGCUGUAUCACACUCCCAUGGUUCUCCAUCUCAGCUGACGACUGUGGGACCUGAAACCCCACCGUGUUAUGAAGAGGCCUUGAGGAUGAGUCGCUUUACUGUCGCCCGCAGUACUCAUAAGCCUUGCAGUCUUGCUCCUGUCCCUGAAGAAAGAAAUUAGAUACCCAUACCAUAAAGAGCAUUUUGAUAUAACAAAGCCAUAGCUUUAUUUCCAGCAAAGAUGAAAAAAAAAAAAUCUGAGAGCAGGACUGCAC